ACAAGAAUGAAGCCACUGAUCACAGCAUCAUCUUCUUCACCUUCUUCUCUUCUGAGAAAAGCUCCUCUUCCCCCAUAUCUCUUCCCCUCGCUGGCCUUCAUUCUGUUCGUCGCAGUUCUCUACGGCGAGAACUUGUGCAUGUUCGGCCAACAACUCCAACCGACCCGACCACUAUCGAGAGCUGAGAAGGAGUGUAAUGAGGCGUUGCCCUUCGCGAUCGGGAAGGAGGAAGAAGGUUGCGACAUAUUCGGAGGAAGGUGGGUGAGGGACGAAUCGACUCGGCCGCAUUACUUGGAGUCGCAGUGUCCGUACAUUCAGCCCCAGUUGACUUGCCAAGCUCAUGGAAGGCCGGAUAAGGAGUAUCAGCUCUGGAGAUGGCAGCCUCAUGGUUGCUCUCUUCCCAGCUUUAACGCCACACUAAUGCUCGAGACACUGAGAGGGAAGAGGAUGAUGUUUAUUGGAGAUUCAUUAAACAGGGGACAAUUCGUGUCAAUGGUGUGUCUUCUCCAAACAGUCAUUCCUGAAGGUGCCAAAUCAAUGGAAACUUUUGGUUCACUCACCGUUUUCACUGCCAAGGACUAUAAUGCGACGAUUGAGUUCUAUUGGGCGCCAUUUCUUCUCGAGUCGAAUUCAGAUAAUGCGAUAGUGCACCGAGUAUCGGAUAGGAUGGUGCGAAAGGGUUCGAUCAACAAGCAUGGGAAGCACUGGAGAGGAGUCGAUAUAAUAGUGUUCAAUACCUACCUAUGGUGGAUGACUGGAAUGAAGAUGAAAGUCUUGAGAGGUUCAUUUGAUGAUGAGGUGAAAGAUUUUGUGGAGCUGCCGACUGAGGAUGCUUAUAGAAUGGCGAUGAAAAGCAUGGUGAGAUGGGCUCAAAAGAACAUGGACCCCAAGAAAACGAGGGUCUUCUUUGUUACCAUGUCACCUUUGCAUACAAAGAGCAUCGAGUGGGGCGGGGCACCAGGCGGCAACUGCUACAACGAGACAACGAUGAUCGAGGAUCCAAACUACUGGGGGCCGGAUUGCUCGAAAAGCAUCAUGCGGGUGAUCGGAGAAGUACUCGGCAAGACCGAAGUCCCCGUCACGCUCCUCAACAUCACCCAGCUCUCGAGCUACCGGAAAGACGCGCACACCUCCAUCCACAAGAAGCAGUGGCAUCCUCCCACCCCCGAGCAGCUGGCCAACCCAGUGAGCUAUGCCGAUUGCGUGCAUUGGUGCUUGCCCGGCCUUCAAGACACUUGGAACGAGCUUCUCUUCACAAAGCUCUUUCAUCCUUGAUGAUGCCAAGUACUAGAAAACGAGGAGUGAAAUGGGUUUUCAUGUAUAGUUCGAGUUUUGGGGAGAUUUGAUGUGAAGUA